GGAACCGACAUUCUCAACAAAACACUUUCAAUCCAUUGAAAUUCGAGCUUUAUCAACACAUUCAAAAUGGCUAACGUGAAUCACCAACCUGGUCUGGCUAGCGCAGCUACCCAGCGUGAAUUUGCUUUUAGAAUAUUCCUACAUCCACAACGUCCUAUUGAUAUCAAUGCCACUGAGAUAUGCGGUUCGUUUAACACACCUCAAAAGCCGCCCUUGUCUGGUAACCAUACCGUUAUGAACGCUGGAACCAUUUCGCGACAAGGAAUCUUUGCUUGGGUGAGAGGAAUCAUCAAUGAGCUCAUAUCAUUCAACCUAAAUAGUAUGAAUUUGGUCCCUGCUCUCUGGGGACAACUAUUCAAGAUCAUCCAGAAUCAUUCCUUCUUUAAGCGUUGGAUCUUUUCUCGUCCCAGACCUGGUCCAAUGGGUUUUCUAACCGUUGUUCACGAUCCUAGCGAGGAGAUGCAAUAUACUGGAGAAAAUGUUCUCGGUAGAGCUCAAAUCAUUUGGCAAGAAAUUGAAGCCGAUUUGAAGAAUGAAGAGCCUAAUCAAUUUAUCGGCGAGAUCUUCCAGCAAGUAUUUCAUAUUUGGCAGUAUAAAUGCUUCAUGAAUAACAUGUUGAUGGAUAUGAGAGGUCGCCCACGUACAACGGAACGUGAUACAUUUUCAGAGCUUGUACGCUAUGUACUAAGUCGACCAUUACCACUCCAUAAUCAUCCAGCACCCCAAAUUAAUCCUCCAGCCCCAGCUCCCCAAGUUCCAGCUUAUCAGCCCGCUCACCCUCCACAGAACCUCGUUGGUGCAGAUGUUGGCAUUGUUGGUCAUCCAUCCAUCAUCGGAAACCCUGGUAAUAGCCCUACCCGUGGAGCUUCGGGUGCUCGGGCGGGUGCUGGGCCAGUGACCGGUGUGUCUGUGGCUGCUGGUACUUUAGAGAUUAGCGACGAUGAAUCAAGUGGACAAUCUGACAACACAAAUUCUGCUUUCAAUCAGCCCUAUCCCCGCAUGCCCACGCCUGAACCUAACACCGGCAGAAUGGUGAGCACUCUCAUGCUUUCAGGCAGCGCCCUUGCCCACACCCUACGCGGAGCAAAUCGCGUCGUCUCGUCUGCUAUACCUAACGCUGUCCAGGCAGGUAGAUCUAACAUUCCCGCUGCUUCGGUCCCUCAGAGUAACGGCAACCAACAAAAUGGCAAUGCCCAAGGUAAUGGACAGCCACGUCCAAGACCAGGUGCUACCAUAGCACAAUCUAGACCACCUCAAUCAAAUCUCCAUCACCAUUCGGGCACGAGACGCCAACUACACAUACCCCAGAUCCCACCAUUUAACUCUGCAGUUCCAGGUAGCUCUACCGCUGGUCCAGUAGCAACUCAAAAGCGACCUGCAACCACUAGCAGCAACACUAGCUCACCUUCGGGUCCCUCAAGACCUUCGGGCAAGAAGUUCAAGAUGGAGAGACCUGACGUUGAUCAUUAGAUUCAUCUUCCGCGACAGGAACGUUGAGAUUCUACUGAGGAGAGAAGUUGCAAUUCUCUGGUGAUGGUUA